AUGUCGGGAGUGGAAGAAUUUGACAGCGUGACCAGGCAAGACAAGGUGUCGGGAGUGGGAGAAUUGGCGCGCUCGGCUGAUCCCUCGGGGUGUCUCACCGCCUGCACGGGGUCGCGAGAGAGGGUGGAAGGUGGAGGGGGAGGGGGUGUGCAGGGCACUCCAUUCGAGAGCCCACUUAACGGCACCUCGUGCAACGCGGCCGUGGGCGUGAAGGCCUUCUUCGACAUGAUGCACAUCGGGCCGCACAAGGUGAUGCUGUUCGGCGCCGCCUGCACCCAGGUCACCGACCCCGUCGCCAAGGCGUCCCGGCGCUGGCGCCUCACGCAGCUCUCGUACGCGGACACGCACCCCAUGUUCACCAAGGAGAACUUCCCCAACUUCUUCCGGGUGGUGCCCAGCGAGAACGCCUUCAACGCGCCGCGCCUGCGGCUGCUGCAGGAAUUCAACUGGACGCGCGUCGGCACCAUCUACCAGAACGAGCCGCGCUACUCGCUGGCUCACAACCACCUGGUGGCGGACCUGGACGAGCGGGGGCUGGAGGUGGUGGAGACGCAGAGCUUCACUAACGAGGUGGCGUCGGCCAUGGCCAAGCUCAAGGAGAAGGACGUGCGCAUCAUCCUGGGCAACUUCAACGAGUCCUGGGCGCGCCGCAUCUUCUGCGAGGCGCACAGGGCUGAGAUGUUCGGCCGCAAGUACCAGUGGCUCAUCAUGGGCACGUACGCGGAGGAGUGGUGGCUGCAGGAGGAAGGACUGGUGCCCUGCUCGUCCGCCGAGCUCAUGGCGGCCCUGGAGGGAUGCAUCCUCACCGACCUGCUGCCCUUGUCCACCAACGGCGAGAUCACAGUGUCCGGCAUAACGGCGCAGGAGUACCAGCUGGAGUACGACUCGCGGCGCGGCGGCGAGUACUCCCGCUUCCACGGGUACACGUACGACGGCGUGUGGGCGGUGGCGCUGGCCAUCCAGUACGUGGCGCACCGCGUGCGUCACGUGCGCAAGAACCACACCAUCGUGGACUUCCGGUACCGCGACCCGCUGUGGGAGCAGCUCUUCCUCGAGGCGCUCAAGAACACCAGCUUCGAGGGCGUCACGGGUCCCGUGAGAUUCUACGAUAACGAGAGGAAGGCGAGCAUUUUGUUGAAGCAGUUUCAAAACGGCAGCGAGGCGAAGGUGGGCGAGUUCCACGCGUCGCCCGCCCAGCUGGACCUGGGGCGGGGCGCCCCCAUCCGCUGGCACGGACGCGCGCCGCCCAAGGACCGCACCUUGCAGCUCAUCGAGCACUCGCACGUCAACAUCACCGUCUACUCCGUCCUGGCGGCGACCGCCUCGCUCGGCAUCGUCAUGGCGGUCACCUUCCUGUCCAUCAACAUCAUGUACCGCAACCAGAGGUACAUCAAAAUGUCGAGCCCGUACCUCAACAACCUGAUCAUCAUCGGCUGCAUGCUGACGUACAGCAGCGUCAUCUUCUUGGGGCUGGACUCGACGCUGACCAGCGAGGAGACGUUCCCGUACGUGUGCACGGCGCGCGCCUGGCUGCUCAUGGCUGGCUUCUCGCUCGCCUUCGGCUCCAUGUUCUCCAAGACGUGGCGUGUGCACUCCAUCUUCACUGACGUCAAGCUCAACAAGAAGGUGAUCAAGGACUACCAGCUGUUCAUGGUGGUCGGCGUGCUGCUGGUCAUCGACCUGGCCAUCAUGACCACGUGGCAGGUCACCGACCCCUUCUUCCUGGAGACCAAGCAGAUGGAGCCAUACCCCGACCCGUCCAGCGAGGACGUUCUGAUCGUGCCCGUCAACGAGUACUGCCAAAGCGGCCGCAUGACCGUGUUCGUCAGCUCCAUAUACGCUUACAAGGGCCUGCUCAUGGUGUUCGGGGCGUUCCUCGCGUGGGAGACGCGCCACGUCAGCAUCCCGGCGCUCAACGACUCCAAGUACGUGGGGAUGAGCGUCUACAACGUGGUUAUCAUGUGCGUGAUGGGCGCCGCUAUCUCGUUCGUGCUGUCCGACAAGCAGGACGCCUCCUUCAUCAUCAUCUCCGUGUUCAUCAUCUUCUGCACCACGGGCACGCUCUGCCUCGUCUUCGUGCCCAAGCUGAUCGAGCUGCGGAGGAACCCGCAGGGCUCCAUCGACAAGCGCAUGAUCCGGGCCACCCUGCGGCCCUCGUCCAAGAGCCGGCGCGACUCGGAGGCCUCCGAGCUCGAGGAGAAGCUCAAAGACGCCAGCGCCGCCAACCAGAAGUACAAGAAGAAGCUGGCGGAGAAGGACGCCGAGCUGCACGUGCUGGUCCAGAGGCUAGGGGACGACACCUUCGACCUGAACUGGGACUCCGGGAUGGACCGGCUGGCUGUCCCGCGACAGGACAUGCUCAGGAGAGAAGAUGCCUCGCGGACCGAGACGACGGAGAUCAGCUCCUUGUGCUCCCUCAACUCCUCCCAGGACGGGGAGUACGUCAACCUCACCGUGGAGACCCCGGGGUCAAGGAAGAAGGCCGUGUUCCCGGCGCGACCCCCCACGAUAGCGGCGGGCGGCGGGCCCGGCAAGGAGGCGGCCGCCAUCUUGAGGCGGCGCUCGGGCGGCUCCGUGUGCUCCGGCAGCGAGGCGUCCGACAAGCACGUGCCCGGCUCCAGGGAGGACGACGCGGAGCCCCUGAUAGCGGAGGCCGCCGCCGCCGAGCUGGGCCUCAGCAACGCGCACUUCCUGCCCGAGCCGCUGCCCGAGGACCAGCUGCCCCCGGAGGAGAAGUCCCUCAUCCGCGAGCUGAUGGGGGAGCGGCCGCGCCUCGCCACGCCGCCGCCGCCUCUCCACCUCCACCACCACCACCCCGCCUCCAAGGUCGUGUCCUUCGGCGGCGCCGAGGAGGACACGAUCCUGCCGCCGCCGCGGCAGUUCCACCCGCGGCGCUCCGCGGCCCCGCCCCCGGAGCAGCAGCGGCGGCGGUCCAGCGUGAAGGUUGCGGUUGCGGCGGCGGCGGCAGGUCCGGAGCAACGGCGCGUCAGCCUGCCCGCAGUGCAGCACCACGCCGGCUGCCCGGCGGCGGCGCGGUCGUCCCGCGCGAGGGCCGCGGCGGUCGCGCCGCCCCCCGGAGGCGGGCCGCCCCCGCUGCUGCUGGACGGCGGCGAGCUGCUGCGCUCGGGCAACGCGUCCUCGCCCAACGUGGCCGCCAUGGUGAAGACGUCGCCUCGCGGCCUGUGUGCCAUGUAUGUUGUUGGUUCGCGGCCGGUGUCGCUGAGACUGGUCGUGGGGGGUUGUCGCUGGACGCUUGCAGACCUGGAGGAGGGCUCGCCGGGCGGCAUGCAGAGGUCCGUCUCCGAGAAGAGCCGGGAUCGCUGCGCCGCGACGUCGCACCGCCACCACCACCACCACCAGGCGACGUCGACGUCGACGUCGACGUCGACGAAGCAGCAGCAGCAGCAGUCGCUCCGGCAGCACAAGUCGGCGCUGGUUUCGUCCCACGUGCACCACAGCACGCCCAACGUGGCGUCCAUCCGGGGAGGCGCGUCGGCGGCGGCGGCGGCGGGGGUGGCGGCGGCCGGAGGCGGCGGGCGUCGCGACGCCGCGGACGCGCGCUCCUCGACGGCCAGCGUGGCCGGCCUGUGCUCCGCCGUGUCGGAGGGCGAGCUCCUGGACCUGGCGAUCCUGCCCAUCUUCCAGAAGCUGCUGAGCGAGCGGCACAAGUCGCGGCGCGGCUACGGAGCGGCGGUCGCCUCCUGCCCCAACAUCUCCAUCAAGUGCGACAUCGUCGAGUACUUAUAG